AGAGAAUCUGAUUACAGUUCUAGUGGGUCAGUUUUUAGGAGGAAGCGUCACCGAACAGUAUAACAAAAGUUUUAGGAUGGCAGACAAAGUUUUGGAUCAAGAACCAUGGACAGGAUGUGCCGUUCUGUUUCUGCAGUCGCUCUGUCCGGAUGCAAACCUGCUCUCCCUCUAUAAAAACCAGCAGGGAAAGUUCAUCUUUUUUAAAGUCAUCAAACUCACACUCAUAGAUUCUGCAGGAGGUCUGGGCGGGUACGAGAUACUUAAGGUUCACGAUGCCGAUCCUUUCCUCGGAGUGGAGGUGAAGUUUAUGGAUAUAGUAGUGUGUCAGCAAUUCCUGGAGAGCUACAGCUCUGGAGCGGUGCGUCAUUCCAUCUCCCAACAUGCCUGUCGGCUCCUCGCUGUGGCACAAGAGUUCACCGUGGAGACGCAGCUGAAGGCCGGAACACACGUCUUGGAUCGAUGUCUGGACAAGCUCGAGCUUUGUCUACAGCAAAUUCACCAGUCACAGCCCGAGCGCCUGCGUGAUGAAGAGAUCGAUCGGCUGGAGCAGCAGCUGCAGCUCGAGGUCCUCGGGCCUCCUCCGUCCCAGCGGAUCUCGAUCAGACAGCAAGUCCCCAGCAACUGCUUCACGUUUCAGAAUAAAGUAUUUGAGGAUCGAAUGCUGACGACAGCAGAUGUUCAGAGCUUUGCUAAUGGCGUGGGCCGUCAGUGGAAGCAUGUGGGGAGGACCCUGGGGAUGGAGUGCCGCGCUUUGAAGGAUACGGCCAUUGACAACCUGGCCUACGAGUACGCCAGAGAAGGCCUGUACGAGCAGGCCUAUCAGCUCCUCAGUCGCUUCAUCCAGGCGGAGGGGAGGGCGGCCAAGUUGAGCCGGCUGAUCAAAGCGCUGGAGGACUGCAAACUCACCGGCCUGGCCGAGUCUAUUCUGGACAUACAGCCAUGAGACUAAUGCCGUGCACUUUUUGUGGCGUACAUGAACACGAAGGUGGACUGGUCACGAAGGGGGCGUGCCUCGUCUCUGUUGACUUUGUCUUUCCUGCUUUUACAUACGGAAUGUCUGAUCUUGAUUGAAAUCGUUGAAAAUGA